UUCUUCUAAUAAUCAAUAUAAGAAGGCAGCUCCUGGAAGAUUUGAAUGGGACAAGCUAGCUCUUGUCUUUCCUUGAUUCAAGCCGUUGUAAGCAGCUGGGGUUGAAGAGCUGGGGUUGAAGCUGGAUAUAUAUUGCAUACUUGAAGCUUUUGAACAUAUAUGAGAAGUUUCUGCUGGAGGAUUUUGGAGAAUAUUUGAAAACUUUUACAAGAUUUUUGUUGAGAUUUUGAAGUAGAUUGGAGAUAUCUAGCUGUUGAAGGAGGGUUGUCUUCUUGUUUUGGUAAGUUAACUGAAUUGCUAUGAUCUAGUUUGCAGUGUAUCUUUUCUUGGUCCCAAAAUUCUGGUGGCAUCUGCUUGCUUCAGUCAUUAAAAACGAAGGAGAUGAUGUCUUUUGUAACCCUUCUCUUCUGUUUCGAGAUGAUCAAUCUUUUCUGUUUUGACCGACAGCCGCUUGAAUAAAAAAAAGGAAGGUAGCCGGGUCUCAGCUGGGUUUACUCGGGUCGACCAGGUUCUAGGUCGACCUGCCGGGUCGAUCGGGUUCCACCGGGCCAACUCCCAAACGGGUUUACUUAGACUCGGACUGGUCUCAGGCCCGAGUCAGCCAGGUCCCGGGUUGACCCGCCGGGCCGGUCCGGGUUUCAAAACUAUGGUUGUAAGGCUUGAUAAAUCAUUCCGGGCCAAGCAUGAUUGAUAUACUUGAAGGGGGAUGUUGUUCCAAAGACAAGUGUUAACACUCUUCAAAUGAGAUGUGACAAAUCAUCUGGUCAAAAUGAUCAUUUGGAGUGAGCAAAGGGGUGCUUGGGUGACUCUGUGAUUGAGAGGUUUGGCAAGUACCUGUAAACUUAGCCACAAACGCUCUCGGAAUGGUAAGCUUGGAAAAGCUGUAGAAUGCAAUCAUGUACUGAAGAAGCAAGAGGACAAUUGCCCAAAUAAAUGGCAAAGGGGGUGAUUGUUAGGAUUGUUGCCAUUAUAUGCAGCAAUCAUAAAGCAUCUGCAACCUAUCUUCUAGAAGAGGAUGGCUGUCAUUGCCAUUGUCAAAGAGGGCUAGCUGUUGAAGAUGAGCUGGAGUUGGUGGCCACCAUUGUUGACAAAAGAGCAAGAGGAGCUGCUAUGGAUGCCUAUAAAUAGAGGCAUACAUUAGAGAGCAAAAUGAGAGAGGAAAAGUAGAGCCAAAGAUGUGAGAAAUGUAGGAGAGAGUGGGCUGCCAAGGCAGCCAGCAGUAGCCGCCAUUGCAGCACUAAGAAGAGAGAAAUAGAGUGAGGUUGAGAAUUGCUAAAAAGGGGAUGAUUCCUCCUCCUCUAUUGUUGUAAAUCUUGUACUCUUCCUAUAUAAUGCAAUGGUUUCUCCCGUAGAUGUAGGCGGUUUGCCGAACCACGUUAAAUAUUGUGUCAGUGUGCUUAGCCUCUAAUGGGCAAAUAUCAGAACAUCACCGGUCGGAACUCACUACAACUUUAACAAACUUUCAUAGGGAAACAGCAAUGGCAGCUCAAUUACUUGGUGCAGCUGUUCUGGGGAAAUUCAUGGUGGAGCUGUUGGAUGCAGUGAUGGACGUGAAAGACAAAGUCCUCAUGUUUAAGUCCAACUUGGAGCGAAUGGAAUCAAUCAUUCCAAUUCUCAGAGACAUUGAAAAACUGAACGAAGCAUUGGAUGGUAGAACGGAAGAGACAUGUGGAUGGAAGUGUACAAGCUAGACGAAGAAGCAUAUGCCGUUGCCAAAAUCCAGGAACUCUCUAACAUGAAUUUAGUUGAUCUUGUAGUCAAAAGGAAUUAUCUACGCAGCUGCUAUAAUCAUCACUUCGCUCUGCAGCAUGAUCUUCUAAGAGAGUUAGCUAUCCAUCAAAGUGACUUGGAACCACUAGAGCAGAGAAAAAGACAAGUUCUGGAGAUCUGUGCAAACAAUGUCCCUGACUGGUGGAUGGACAGAAGCAGCCAAGCAUUAGUAGCCGCCUGUUGUCUAUCUCCACAGAUGAAAACUUCUCAUCAAGUUGGUGCUCCAUGCAAGCUCCUGAAGUUGAGGUUAUGAUCCUUAAUUGUCGACCAUGAACCGUGGUUAUUUUGCUACAGAACUUAGUAAUUUCUCACUUCUUACUUCUGUACCCAACUUGAUGAGAAUCAGAUUGGAGCAGGUUUCAAUU